GGGAGCUCUUUGAGGUAACUAACUGCCUGCUCCUCCGUAACUGCAAAGCCAGUGCUCCUCUGGGCUCCACGACCCAAGCUUUUGCCUGAAAAUGAGUGGGAAGGGGUCUUGAGGAGCCCCCACGACAUCCCUGAGUAGGGCAGGGAGGGAGCUGACAGCUGGAGUGGAUGGAGACCACCGGUCCCCGGGGACCGGGUUCCGAUUAGCUGCUUCUCGGGAUGCUCAGCGUGCCAGCUGAGCAUCCUGCCUGUGGUCCAGAGGGUGCUGGCGGCGCAUCUUGCGGUAUGCCUGCGUGGAUUUGAGCCAUCGCCCAGAGGCGAGCCCGCAUUCAGAAACAGCAGCGGACAGGCUUCCGGCCGGGCUGUGUGCAGACAGCACGAAUGCUCAGCUCUAGGCGUCUGCAACAGCCUCCCGACUGCAUGGAUUUGGCCGUUUAAUCAGCCGAGAUUACUGCCCGGGAAGACUGGCGAGCCUGAUCCCCGCACCAGCUGCGGUGACAACUUCAGGGCUGGCUAUUGACUUCUGUGGGUGCCUGGGCUCCGUCCUACACUGCAUCUGCUGCUGCUGCUGCCGCCGCUUCCCGGGAUCUGAAGUCGGCCACGAGGACUCCUCCGACGGCAUCCCCAGGAAGGGGGGUGGGACAAGGAGGGGUUAAAAGACGAGCAGAAACCCACCCAACUACUCACCCUCUCGUGACUGCCUGCGCUCUGGGGUUCUGAGAGGGACCGUGCGCUGCCCGGGGAAGCAAUGCAAGUCUCCAUAGCCUGCACAGAGCACAAUUUGAAGAGUCGGAAUGGUGAGGACCGACUUCUGAGCAAGCAGAGCUCCAACGCCCCCAAUGUGGUGAACGCAGCCCGGGCCAAAUUCCGCACGGUCGCUAUCAUCGCGCGCAGCCUGGGGACGUUCACCCCUCAGCACCACAUUUCUCUCAAGGAGUCCACUGCAAAGCAGACUGGCAUGAAAUAUAGGAACCUUGGAAAAUCAGGACUCAGAGUUUCUUGCUUGGGUCUUGGAACAUGGGUGACAUUUGGAGGUCAAAUAUCAGAUGAGGUUGCUGAACGGCUGAUGACAAUCGCCUAUGAAAGUGGAGUUAACCUCUUUGAUACUGCCGAGGUCUAUGCCGCUGGAAAGGCUGAAGUGAUUCUGGGGAGCAUCAUCAAGAAGAAAGGCUGGAGGAGGUCCAGCCUGGUCAUUACAACCAAACUCUACUGGGGUGGAAAAGCUGAAACGGAACGAGGGUUGUCAAGAAAACAUAUAAUUGAAGGGUUGAAAGGCUCGCUCCAGAGGCUGCAGCUCGAGUACGUGGACGUGGUCUUCGCGAACCGGCCGGACAGCAACACCCCCAUGGAAGAAAUUGUUCGAGCCAUGACGCAUGUGAUAAACCAAGGCAUGGCGAUGUACUGGGGAACCUCGCGGUGGAGUGCCAUGGAGAUCAUGGAAGCCUAUUCUGUAGCAAGACAAUUCAACAUGAUCCCUCCAGUGUGUGAACAAGCUGAGUACCACCUUUUCCAGAGAGAGAAAGUAGAGGUUCAGCUACCAGAGCUCUACCAUAAAAUAGGAGUUGGAGCGAUGACCUGGUCCCCACUUGCCUGUGGAAUCAUCUCAGGAAAAUAUGGGAACGGGGUACCUGAAAGCUCCAGGGCGUCUCUGAAGUGCUACCAGUGGCUGAAGGAAAGAAUUGUGAGUGAAGAAGGGAGGAAACAACAAAACAAGCUGAAAGACCUCGCGCCCAUCGCUGAGCGCCUGGGCUGCACGCUCCCCCAGCUGGCUGUGGCAUGGUGCCUAAGAAACGAGGGCGUGAGCUCUGUGCUCCUGGGAUCAUCCACACCUGAGCAGCUCAUUGAGAACCUGGGUGCAAUCCAGGUUCUCCCGAAGAUGACAUCACAUGUGGUAAAUGAGAUUGAUAACAUAUUGCGCAACAAGCCCUACAGCAAAAAGGACUACAGGUCAUAAGGCAAUGCAUGAGCCACAGGCGCUGCAUGGUUAAAACAUCGGUCCACACCGAUACAGAAAGGUGUUACUAGCCAGUCUUUUAAAUCACUUAGCAGCCGCUGCUCAACCUCUAGUGUCCCCGGACUCUGAGGUGUCUGCUGUCACUACCACUGUGCACCUGAAUUAUGAGCACAUCUGAAAAUUCACAACGAAGAAAAUCCAUCCUAUUUUCUUAUCUUGGACUGGAGUCACCUGUUCUUGCAUUGCUCUCUGUACACCUCAUGCUAAUGCAAUGGAAAGUAUGUGGGCAGGAAGGACGUAGUACUUUCAGACAUUUGGUAACUUAAAGAAGGCUAUACAGAUAGAUGUUUUUACGGAAGAGCAACACUCACAGACGCAAUGUGACCACACCAGAAAGAGUAGGCUAUGUUCGCGCGCAAGUCCUGUUUGGGAAAAUAAGCAGGAACAAUUUUACAUUUUUUUUCUAUUCCCACAUUCCUGUUGUUAUCAAGUUGUUUCACUAAUCAUUUUCAACAAAACUGUAACUCCUAGCUUUCAUUAUCUUUUAAAUAUUCACUGUUGCUUAGCCCAAGAACAACCCUGUAGAUAGCAGCUUACCCAAGGUGUCUAUCAGUAUUCUAAUGAUGUUAUGUUCAUUUACAUGCAGAGAUGGUAAAAGGGCGAUUAUGGUAAACUUAUGAAAAGGGAGGAUUACAUUACUAUGGAAGUUUAGCUUUGAGUAAAAUGUAAUGCAUUUGCAAUGAAAUGUUCAUUUUUGACUACGUUUUAUGAAAACCUGCUUUAUAUUUUUGACUGCUUAUAGACACAACUUCUGCAAGUUUAUAUUUUUGAGCUUUAAAAACAAAUAUACACAGGCUCGGGGUUUUUUCAGUAAACCUGUAAAAUACCCAGAAAGGCAAAUGUUUGCUGUUUAAUUAGCACUGGGAUUUUACAAUAUAAUGCUUGGUGUUUUUGAGGAGUUAACAACAUAAAAGGAAAUCACAGGCUUUGUGAAAAAUGUUGUCACCACUCAGCAUAUGCUGGGUGAAUGAACUUGCCCAACAAAAAGCAAAAUGUUAAAGAACCUCCUGAUUCUGUAACCACAUUAUGUGCACUGAACUAUAUGCAUGAGAGCUCACUGCAUGGAUUCAAGUGGCCCAGCUUUGGUGCACUCCGAAGCCGAGGUCUACCCGGCCCUGCCACUGUCGGCCACCUACCCUCCGGAAUACUCCACGGGAGGGAAACUGGGGGGAGUAUAUUGUGUGUACCUGUUAGAAGAGAGAAAAACAAUUUUUUUUUCUCUUUUUGGGGUUGUAUGUUGGGGGCGGGAAUGCUGUAACUCUAUUUGGAUAUCUAAGCAUGUACAAAAUUUUAACUUAAUUUUCUGGCCAGCUGGUCCCUCAUAUAGAAAUCAUUGAGAUUUACAGAAAUAUAUCAGCUUUAAAUGCUAUUUUAUACCAUCAUUUCCAGAUAUGUAUUUCAUAGUAAAGUUCUAAAUCUCAAAAUGUUAAUGUGAAAUACCAAUAAAUUUCCUCUUUGGUUACUACUAUCUGUAUUCAAUUAAGGAAAUAGUUUGGGUUUUGCCCCAAAGUAUCAGAGUGAUGAUGAAAAUGGAUCACUUCUCAGUUGUUUCUGUGAAUUCAAUCAGCGAACUGCUGUAUGUGUAAAUGAGCCGAAGUUGUCUGACUGAAGCUGCAGUUUAACCUAUUAAUUUGCUUAGAGUAAUAAACGCAUUUUGUGCAUUUAA